AGGUCCUUUUUUGAAAAGUGGAGAGGAAUAGGGUGGGAGGGAAAAAUCAGAGAGCGAAAGGGACGAGGGAGAGGGUGAAAAAAAUAAACACGUGGUCGUAAUAAAAGCGAAAAGGCAGAGGUGGGAUUAGCAGAAGCUGCGAGUAUCUCCGGAGUGUGUGCGUUUUUUGAGCUUCUGUCAAGCACAGGUCCCUCGCUUCUUCUCUCAGCAGGACUCCAGUCAGUCUCAGCGCUUUGUGGACAACCCGUGUGCUUCAAAGUGUUCGCCUGGGCCCCAGUUGACAAAGUCAUGAUGAAGGGUGCUCCACAAGGCCUCCUCCUUGGCCCAGUGCUUCUCCUCUGCAGCCUGUUGACCCUCAGCAAUACCAGGGCUGCCUCAGGGCAGGCACCAGAGCAGAAGGAAGUCAUGAUUCGCUUGGCAGGAUUGAAGCGGACGCACCACGAAGGUCGCGUGGAGGUUUUCUACAGUGGCCAGUGGGGCACGGUGUGUGACGACGACUUCACCAUCAAUGUUGCCACAGUGAUCUGCCGAGAGCUGGGCUAUGAGGGAGCACUGACCUGGGCUCACAGUGCAAAGUAUGGACAAGGCAAAGGUCCCAUCUGGCUGGACAAUGUGAAAUGCAAAGGUGACGAAGGGUCCAUUGCUGCGUGUGAGUCUAACGGCUGGGGUGUUAAUGAUUGCAAGCACAGUGAGGACGUUGGGGUUGUCUGUUCAGAGAAGCGACUGCCUGGAUUGGAACACAAAGAGACUUUUGCUGAGCUUAAGGGCCAGAGCAAGGUGGAUGAAGUCCGCAUUCGACCAGUUAUGGCCUCCGCCAGACGGCGUAACCCUGUUACGGAAGGUGUGGUGGAGGUGAAGUAUCAGGGGAGGUGGAAGCAGGUCUGUGACAGUGACUGGACCUUCAAUAACAGCCGAGUGGUGUGUGGAAUGCUCGGCUUUCCGGGAGAGCUCCCAGUGAACUUGAGGAUUUACAGGAAGCUGUGGGAUCAAAAGAUGAAGAAUCCCAAAGCCAGGCUCUCCUCAGCCACCAGGAAGAAGAGCUUCUGGAUCCACAAGGUGACAUGCAACGGCAAUGAAUCCCAUCUCUCCCAGUGCACCAUCCGGGUAUCUGCUGGGAAGAGACUGCACCCCUGCGAGAAUGGCAUGCACGCAGUGAUCAGCUGUGUGGCAGGACCGGCUUUCACGCAAGGAACUGGGAAUCGCUUCAGGAAGGCCUAUCAGGCUGAGCAACCACUGGUGAGGUUAAAGGGUGGAGCACAGACUGGCGAAGGGAGAGUGGAGGUUCUGAAAAACGGUAAAUGGGGGACGGUCUGCGACGACCGAUGGAACCUUCUGUCUGCCAGCGUCGUGUGCCGCGAGCUGGGUUAUGGCUCAGCCAGGGAGGCGCUGACUGGAGCUCGCCUCGGUCAAGGUGUGGGUCCUAUCCAUAUGAAUGAAGUGUCGUGCAGUGGAUUCGAGAGAUCCCUGACGGACUGCAGCUUCCGAGACAUGAACAAUGGCAACUGCAAACAUGAAGAAGAUGCAGCUGUCCGAUGCAAUAUUCCACACAUGGGGUUCAAGAAUAAGAUCCGUUUGAAUGGUGGUCGUAACCCCUUUGAAGGCCGUGUGGAAAUCCUGACAGAGGUCAACGGUACGAUGAAGUGGGGCACAGUGUGCGGCGAGCAUUGGAGACUGACCGAGGCUAUGGUGGUGUGUCGACAACUGGGGCUAGGCUUUGCCAACCAUGCACUGCAGGAAACCUGGUACUGGCAGACUGACCAUUCCACGGACAAUGUUGUCCUCAGUGGGACCUCCUGCUCCGGGACAGAGCUGUCGAUCUUGCAGUGUUCUCAUCACCGUGACCACGUCGAGUGCUCGCGAGGUGGGGGGCGUUUUGCUGCUGGAGUCAUUUGUGCUGAGUCUCUUCCUGACCUUGUCCUGGAUGCCCAGCUUGCCCAGGAGUCUGCCUACCUUGAGGAUCGGCCCCUCCACAUGCUGUACUGUGCCCAUGAGGAAGGCUGCCUUUCGAAGUCAGCGGACUCUAUGACCUGGCCACACGGUCAUCGCCGGCUUCUCCGUUUCUCAUCACAGAUCCUGAACAUCGGACGGUCAGACUUCAGGCCCAGGGCUGGGCGACAUGCCUGGGUCUGGCACAGCUGCCACGCACACUACCACAGCAUGGAGGUCUUCACUCACUAUGAUCUCUUGACCCUGAAUGGCAGCAAAGUUGCAGAGGGGCAUAAAGCAAGCUUCUGUCUGGAAGACUCAGACUGUGAAAGAGGCAUCUACAAGCGAUAUGCCUGCGCCAACUUUGGGGAGCAAGGUAUCACUGUGGGCUGCUGGGAUCUCUACCGCCAUGACAUCGACUGUCAAUGGAUAGAUGUUACCGAUGUUAAACCAGGAAACUAUGUCUUCCAGGUCCACAUCAAUCCCAAUGCAGAGGUGGCUGAGUCAGAUUUCUCAAACAACAGAGUGAAGUGCCGAUGUAGAUAUGAUGGUUUCCGGAUCUGGAUGUAUGGGUGCCACACAGGUGAUGCCUUCAGCGCUGCAAUUGAAGACCAGUUUGAGCAUCAGCUGGCCUUGUCUAACAAUGUGUCCUAAGGGUGGAAACAUCACUUAUAAUACCAGGCAAUACCUCGGACCUCCUGCUCUGGAUCUGUACCCUGGCCUCGUUCAGGAUCGGACUUGGACUAUCACAUGAGGGAAGGGUUUUACAAACCAGGCCGCUGAACGGGACUCUGGAGUACAAUCCCAUCAUGCACUAUUUUUUUAAAUUCCAGAACCCUCACCCCCAUCCCCCUCUCUGAUGAAGGGUCUAGGCCCGAAACGUCAGCUUUUGUGCUCCUGAGAUGCUGCUGGGCCUGCUGUGUUCAUCCAGCCUCACAUUUCAUUAUCAUGCACUAGGAACUUGUGGUCAUGUCCCAAUAUAAACAGGUGCUUGAGGGCUGCUUUGACUUUUAGCACCAGGCGAAGGAAAUGAGUGAUAGCAAAUUGAACUUCGGUCCACCCCUUCCCGUUUUUCUUUGCCCAAUGAGAAAAGUUAAUUGUAAGCCCCUUUGUGUGUAUGGUUUAUUUUUCUUUUGUUUUCAAAUUUUGAUCAAAGCUGAUCUCAUAACGACAAUACUUGUACAUUAAAAUAUUGGAGGAUAUUUUUUUGAAAGAUCUAUAUAAAUAUAUAAUAAACAAAAGGGAAUGUACGUGGUGUUCCAUCUGUUAAAAUCUUAACUCUCUUUGGGCUCUGUUUACUCUUUGCUGUAUUCAGUGAUAUGAUGCUGUUGUCUGGAAAACUGAAAUCACCAGAUUAAUGGAGAUAAAUUCCUGGUAAUAACACUCACUAUUGCACAUGCUGUUUCUCUGCUAUUCUGGAUAGCAAUGUAUAAUUUCUAGUGCUCUCACACAAGUGUUACAGUACAGGAGGCCAUUUGGCCCAUUGUGUCUGUACUAACUCUACAAAUGAUCGUCACUCCCCAGUGCCUGUCUCCUGUCUUUUCCCCAUAACCUGCCACACUACUUCAGUCGAAAUAAUUAUCCAGUGCCCUCUUGAAUGCCUCAAUUGAAUCUGUCUCCACCAUUCUGUUCUAUUUUGUUGUCCUCUAUGUAUAUUGAGAGGACAGUUUAGCCCAGGUAGCUAAUGUGUGAUUCAGAUUAAUGCCACUAAUGUGGGUUCAGUUCCUUUCUCUGCCCUGAGAGUGGAAGGCAGAAGCAAACCACCACUGACUGAAAACUGCCCAUCAAACAGGAGGAGAUCUGCCAGGAUGUUGUCUGGGAUGGAGCACUUUGGCUAUGGAGGGAGGCUGCAUCAGCUCAGAAUGUUUUCUUCGGAACAGAGAAGGCUGAAGGGGGUCCUAAUUUGAGGUGCGUAAGAUAUAAGACAGUCAACAGAAAGCAGCUGUUCCCUUUAGUUGAAGGGUCAGUAACAAGGGGGCAUCAUUUUAAGGCGAAAGGCAGGAAGUUUACAGGGGAUUUGAGGAAAAGCAUUUUCACCCAGAGGGUGAUGAAGGGUCUAGGCCCAAAACGUCAGCUUUUGUGCUCCUAAGAUGCUGCUUGGCCUGCUGUGUUCAUCCAGCCCCACACUUUGUUAUCUCGCGUUCACCCAGAGGGUGAUGGGAAUGUACUUCCUGGGAUGGUAUUUGAGGCAGGAAAGCUCACAACCUUUAACAAGUACUUGAACACCCAAAAUGUCACGACAUCAUUCAUUGCUUUACUCAGAGAGUAGUAAGGGAAUGGAACGCUUUGCAUGCAACGGUAGUAGAUUCGCCAACUUUAGGUACAUUUAAGUCGUCAUUGGACAAGCAUAUGGAUGUACAUGGAAUAGUGUAGGUUAGAUGGGCUUGAGAUCGGUAUGACGGGUCAGCACAACAUCGAGGGCCGAAGGGCCUGUACUGUGCUGUAAUGUUCUAUGUUCUAUUGCUAUGGGCCUAGUGCUGGAAUAGGAGUUGUUUUUUGCUGAUGCUUUCCUUUGUUGGCGCAGACUUGAUGGGCCAAAGGGCCUCCUCUGUACUACACGAGUCUAUGGUGAAACCACUCGGGAUGAAGCAGCAACAACAAUGGAACAUGCUUCAGGUAGAGCACGUGUGCUGUGCGUAGUGACUGCUCAGCUAUCUUCUCGUGCAGUUUGACCUGUGGCUGUUUUUACACAGCACAGCAAGAAGUGUAGUUCCACCCUGUUUAUCAGUUUAGGCUUUCACUGCUUCAAAGAUAAUGUGAAGGUGCAAACUAGAGCGUGAUCGCCAGUGUCCCUGCCCUAAAUACACGGGGGUCUUGAAGUUCUUGACGAGUCGGUCAUGAAUGGGUUAAUGCAGUCAUUUCAAAUUGCUGUUUUAACAUGAGUCAGAUUAAUACCUUUGUUAAGAUGAUGGAUAAUUGGGAUUGUUCUCAUUCUUUGUCAUAUAGGCAUGGCUGGUACUGAUCAAGCAAACACACUGUCAUCAGCUACACUCUUGUAGGUAUAUAGUCAAAUAACAGCAGACUCCCUGCUCUGAAGGGCACCGACGAACAUGAUGGGUUUUCAACAGCGAUUGUAGAAUCACUACAGAGUGGAAGCAGGCCAUUUGGCCCAUCAAGUCCACACUGACACUCCAAAGAGUGUCCUACCCAGACCCCAACCUCUACCCAAUCCCUGUUAACCUGCCUUUAACCAUGACUAAUCCAUCAUUGGGCCACAACAGGAAACUGGAGCACCCAGAAGAAAUCCACACAGACACAUGGGGAACGUGCAAACUCCACACAGUCCCCGAGAGUGGAAUCGAACCCAGGUCCCUGGCGCUGAGAGGCAGUAGUGCUAACCACUAAGCCACAAUGCCCCCCUUGGGCCACUGCAUCAUUGUCUCCCUAUAGCACGACAUCAGGUCUAAUUUAGAUCAAGUUGCUUGGGAGCAAACCACCGUCAUUCCGACACUGUACACCUACCUUAACAUCUCGUGCCUGUCGACACAUUGAAUUCCGGUUUUGGGAGUUACUGUUUACAUGAACCUUGGAGGUCAUGCAGUGGGAAAAAAAUUUCCAGGGAAUGUAGGAAACAGACCAAUGGGGUGAAUUUCACCUUCUUUAUAGCUCCAUUCAGAUGAUUUUAUGAAAGACAAUGGAGAUGAUGGCCUAGUCGGUGUUAAUCAGAGACCCAAAUAACAUUCUGGGGACCUGGUUCCAAUCCUGCCACAGCAGAUGGAAGAACUUGAAUUUAAUAAGAAACAAAAUCUGGAACUAAGGUUCUAAUGAUGACCGUGAAUUGAUUGCCGAUUGUUGUCAGAAAAACCCAUCUGGUUCACUAAUGUCCUUUAGGGAAAGAAACUGCCAUCCUUACCUGGACUGGCCUACAUGUGACUCCAGGCCCACAGCAAUGUGGUUGACUCUUAACUGCCCUCUGGCAAUUAGGGAUGGGCAAUAAAUGCUGCCUAGUCAGCGACCCCCUCAGCCUAUGAAUGAAUAAAGAAAACAGUGAUGAGCCACACUGCAGACCCAGACGGUGAAUGGCUUGCCCCAGUCUUGCUAUGUGUAGGUUCAGCCGAAGUUGCUAAUCAUAUCCACAUCUGAAUGGACUUUAUUUAAGUCUUGCCAUCUGGCUGUGUGCCCCAAGUGGAAUCUGGCUGUUGGCUUGGCACUGGAACACAGUUUCAGGCGAUUCAGACACUGCACUGAUGGGCAAAGGAAGGAUGGGGAUGUGAACUUGGAUCAGUAAUACUUCUGUAGAGCCAGCAAGAUUGCAGCCAUGUGUCUGUGAGCACUGCACUCCAACUCUUACCCAUGUCCUUACCCUGGAACAGUUGAGGGACCCCACCACAUGAUCAGGUGUACAUGCCCUGCCUUUACUCCCAAUGAAUGACUUUUCCAUCAUCCUGACUGGCAGCAUUAACAGACCAUCUCCAUUUGGAGGGCACGAAAGAAAUUGCCUUUGUGUAGCACCAUUUACACCCAACCAGGGCUCUUUAUAGUCAGUGAAGUGCUUUUAUUGCAAUGCAGGAAUUAACCAAUAGUGUUAUGCCUAUGUGAACCUUGGACCUGUUACCUCUCACUGGCCAGGAUUGAAAGAAUGGUGCGUGGAAUUACCCUGAAGCAACUGCUUAGCUCAGGACACCACAAGAAAGAAAAGGGGAACAUUGGAGACGUAAGACUGAGGCAUUGAAUAGAUAAGAACAACCAAUAAACAGAGAGAGGCAAGAAAGAGAUGAAGAAAAGGCGAGGAUAGGCGCAAAGAUAGAGGGGGAGGAAUUAAGGGAAUGUGACAGGGUAAGAAUGAAUUAGAACUGGAUUUCAGUGUCACAUGUACUCAAGUAUAGGAAUAUAGGAGUACAGUGACAAGUGUACAAAAUUGCUACUCUCCAGUGCUACAUUAGUUACAAAGCCAGAGUUUAAAAAAAACAACAGAAAUAAAAGAAAGCCAAAAUGUAGGAAAGACAUACAGAUCUUAACGCUGCUCCUCUGACGCUGCUUGGCCUGCUGUGUUCGUCCAGCUCGACACCUUGUUAUCUCAGACUCUAGCAUCGGCAGUUCCUAUUAUCUCUCAGAUCUUAAAAUCAAUGUCUUAUCUCCAUGAAGGUGCUUGGAACCACCGAUGCAGGCAGCCUCGGAGAGUGAGGAGGAAUUCAGGUGUUCUUUUUCCUGCAAGAUUCUUUAAGGUAUAAUACUGUGACUGCUAGAAAUAUAAAAACAAAACUCAGCAGGUGUGGCAGCGUCUGUGGAGAGAGGAAGUGUUAAUGUUUUGAGGCCAAUACAUGGAACUCAAACUUUCAGACCUCCAGCAUCUGGAUUCAAAAUGUAAACUCUACUUUCUUUGUCUCAGACACUGCCAAACCUGCUGAGUUUCUCCUGCCCUUUCAAAAUUCCUAAACAGUGUCUGUUGCACACUGUGCACCUGGAACGAAGGGGUUGGAAUUGGAGUGAGCUCUAAAUGUUUGUUUGAGAGAGUCAGUCAACCUGAAAAUACCAAUAAACACAGAUUUACCCUGUAAAAGUAACAUGAUUGUUCUAUGAUUAAAGGCUGGGGGAUAGGACUGCAAUAGAACAAACAGCAGGGAAAGAUCUUUGUAGAAUUGUGAGAUUUUUAACUCUGUAAUGCACGUUAUAAAGUUACUGAUCACUUUGUUGUGAUAAAUUAUUCCUUGAAAUGUAUAUUUAU